CUGCACGGGCGCCCCGAGUAGCGUAUUUGAAGAUAGUGGCGGUGGUAUGUUUUUCAUGCCCGAGCUCGCGGUCACGUGGUGCAGCUUCCGCGUAAGCGGCGGCAUGUAGGAACAGCUGUAGUCGGGCUUGGAAUGUCUCCUGGGCUAGCGAUGACUGUGGUGCGCGCCUUGCUCGUGGCCGUGGCAGCGCUAGGAACGGUGCGUCCCUCUGCAGGAUCUUCAUGCUGACUUUCCUCCAUCCUGCCAUCUCCGCACUCCUCCAAGUGGUAACCCAGGAGACACCAUGAGGAGAAUUGCAGCUCCUCUCUCUGUGAUUGUGAACUGAGUUUAUUUUUCCAUGGCGUCAAACAGUCUUUGCUGUGUGAACAGGCCUUGAAGCACAGCAGAAAGGAUGAGGAAGCUGAUCAGGUUUAAUAUGUCUGCCACAACCAAGGAACCUUUCGAUUGAGGUUAUUAACAUAAACAUCACUCUGAAAUGGGAGUGGGAUAAUCCAUGUAACCUCAGCGUGACCUUCUCAGUUCAGAUACAAAGUUUGCCAGAUGAUAGCCAGAUAAAUGAAGAAAGCUCAGAAGUUGUUUCUGUGUGUCAAGAUGUAACAAUCAACGAAUGUGACCUCUCAUCAGCGGUAACAGAAUAUUACGACUAUUAUAUGGUUUCUGUAAGAGUGGACACAACAACAGGUCACUCCCCUUGGGCCUCUAUAACAUUUUGUCCUGACAUGGAAGCCCAAAUUGGUCCUCCAGGAGUUAAGUUUGAAUUCAUUUAUGGAGAUAUGAAAAUCAGCAUUAUAUCUCCUGAAGCAAAUCAGCCAAGAAAAAUGUGGAAAUCAAAGCAUUUCAACUACAAACUAGUUAUCUGGAAGAACUCAUCCCAUCCUGAGGAAAGAAAAGAAGAUGUGUUUUCAGGACAAUUCAUUUAUGACCUUGAGCCCGAAACUAUUUAUUGUUUGAAAGUUAAAGCACGUAAUACUGAUCACAGGUCUCUGUAUAGUAGAGUGUACUGCACACAAACACCUAAAGCUUGGAUUGGUCUACCUCGUCCUGAAAAUCUUUGCGUUCAUGGCUUGAACAUGAAGUUCAUUUCGUAUUGGGAUCAUUUAUAUGAUGGAAAUGUGAGCUUUCUGGUACAGUACUUCAACGGACACAAAACACGAAGCUCUCCUGACAUCUCAAAGGAAUGGCACAGUAUAGAAGGCUGCAAAAACAUCUCAACUACACACUGUGCUCUCCCAUCAUCUUCCAUUGGAAAAACUGGAAUUUACUAUCUUCGAGUUCAGGCUCUAUAUAGAGAUUUGAAAUCACCUUGGUCUAAAAUGCUAAAAUUUGAACCUCAAGAAGUUAAUGAACUUGGUCCACCGGGUGUCAAGGUUGAGGCCGAUGUUGAUUCACUUCUAAUUUUCAUUACUUCUCCUGGAGAAUCUGAAAAUAAUUCAAUGAGCAGACAUUAUCAGUUGACUUACUACGUUUGGUACUGGGCAAAUUCUGCACAUCCCAAGAAAAGAGAAGUUGAUGUGAAACCAUAUAAAAUAUCAGGCUUGACCCCGUCAACAUUAUACUGCCUGAAAGUGCAAGCACAUGCUUUAAUGUUUAAUAAAUAUAGCAAUUUCAGCAAUGUAGCAUGCAUUGAAACAAGAAAAGGAAAAUAUCUAAACUACUUUGAAGGGUGUAUAAUUGUUGCGGUUGUAAUGAUUGUCAUAUCGGGCUUGAUCUAUGCAUUGUAUCAUGCUUGGAGGCAGAUCAAAUAUGCAUUCUUUCCAAAAUGCACUCCACCAAUGAUAAUAGAGAACUUUGAAGGAAGAGAUGUGAACAGUUCCUAUUUGCUAACUUCAGAAGAGUUAACAGAAAACUGUGUCAUAGUUGACAGCAUUCCAAGUGAAGUUAACCUGGUUGAGUGUAAAGCCCACAGUGAAUUGGAACAGAGCAACCGAGACUCAGGAAACUAUUCUAAUGACUGUGAUAGCUCUGGAAAUAGAGAGUUGCAUAUGUCCAUAGAACCGGAAACAGUGUGAUUCUCUACAAUAAUGGUCUGAAGCUAAGGCACUAAGGGAGAUGACCAGUACAGCAUAAUUAGCACCUUGCUGAUUACAGGGAUCAUUAUUGUUUCUGCUACCUUCCAGAUACAAGAGAUGCCUUAUCAGAAAGAGGACUGGCAACUGGUUCUCACAUUGAAGAUUUUGAGUUGCAUACUGUGACUGGAGGAAUUGCUAGAAUGCUGAGAAGGAAUUUCUCUACCUAAAACUUCAUGGGAUAAUGUUUACUUCUUCAUUUUAAGCACCAGAAGCGGUGCUUAAACAAGUGGUGCUUUGUGUACAUUUCACAUAUAGGAAAGAGCAUCCUGAGAAAGCAGUAACCCUGGAUGCCAAACUGUUUCAUUAUUAACUGGAAACAGUACUGGUAUGUACAGUCCUCAUCAGAAUAUAACAGAAACUGAUGGUAUGAUGAAAUAGCUUCCAAAAACAAACUCACCAGUUUUUACAAGUAGAAAAGAAUUUCUGCCAUUCAUGAAUAUAUAUAUAUACACAUCAGAGUUAAGAUCCUGGAGAUGAGAACAGAACCAGAUGGCCCUGAUCAAAGGGUAGUUCUGAGUGCUCAUAAAUUCUAAUGACUAAGGGAGUAAUUCACACCAGGCUCUCAAGUUUUAACAGAGUAAUUUCACAAUUUUAUGCUAUCAAGAACCAAAGGCACAAGGAUGUUUCAGAUAGCAGGGCCUAAUGGUUUAUUGCAAGCAGCUGGCGAUGGCAUGGGGUGAUUGGAAGACUGGUCAGCUGAUGGAGUGGAGGAGAAUAAAGAGUCGAAAGUUGGGGGUGUUAUUUCUUCCUCUUCUGGUGACCCUUCCUGCCUGUUGUGAAGAGGAGACUGGUUGCUUCUGUGCUAGUGGUUGCUAUAGACCUGAAGGUAAUACAUGUGUAGCCAAAUGACUAGCUUCCUUAUUUUUUCUGCCUUACUGAUGCAACAAGACUUAAGAGUAUUGGGGGAAGUGGCAUGAGCUUUAAAUAAUGUGUUUUUAGUUGAUGCUGUCUACUAUCCCUGAUCUUUUCACUUUUCACCUAUUUUAAUUCUACUUCUUUUAUUCCACCCCUAUAUCUUACUACCUUAAUAAACAAGAUUUGUAUCCUCUAA